CUGGAUUAACAGUCGCUUCCUGAUUCUUCUUUUUUCUACUUCUUCUUCUUCUUCUCGGAUACCCCAUCGUCAUAGUCUGCUAUCAGGUUUUUAUCUAACUCCGUAUCGUGUGUUGGUCGGCAUUCAAUAGCGUCAUUGUGAAUGUUACGCCGAGCCCUGGAUGGACUACGAUUGCACUCCCACCAUGUGACACCUUUGACAAGAAUUUGACCAAAAUACCAUUGACGUCUCGUGAUGGUGGUCUGCCCCAACCUCUUUUUCAACGAGUCCCAACAGCCCCAGCGCCCGCUGGACCCCAGUGCGGCCGCACUCAAGGAGCAGAUCGACACGCUCAAGUUCGUCGCCUACGGGGUCGUCUCCUUCGUCAUCAUCGCCCUGGGCAUCAUCGGAAACCUCAUCAACCUCGUGGUGCUGACGCGUCCCAACCUCAAGGGCGUGACGUUCGUAUACCUGACGUGGCUCGCUACUUCAGACCUACUAACCCUGCUGGUGGCUGUGUUGUCCAUGUUGCGCUUGCACGGCAUUCAGCCACGAUCCUAUCCCGCUGCGUUCUACUAUGCCCACUUGGAGAUGCCCCUGGUGAACGCCCUCAUGGCCAGCAGUGUUUUCAUAGUCAUUGCCGUCACAGUCGACCGGUACUGGUCCGUAUGUCUGCCCACGCGGUACCGGGAGUUCCACAACGCUCGCAGGGCGAGGCUGGCUAUCGUGACGGCGUACGUCGCUGCCGCCUUGUUGUACGUUCCGGUCGCGUUUCAGAAAUCGCCCGUGGCAGUGUGGAGUUUGGAGUUCAACGGGACUCAGUACGUCCCGUGCGACAACGUAUCCGUGUCGCGGCAUCCGGCGUUCAAGGUCUACCUCCUCAUGAAAGAGGUCCUGGUGCGGAUCGGGCCCGUGCUCGUCGUGGCUGUGUUAAAUACAACAAUCAUACUCACCUUCAGGCGUCUUAUGCGUAAACGCAAGCAGCUCAUGAACAAUAGCCGCAGUGACUCGGCCUCGUCUAAGUUCCAGGAGGAACAGCGUCUGGUCAUCUUGCUCGCGGCUAUAGUGAUCAUGUUCUGUGUGUGCAUGACGCCGGCUGCCGUGCUCACCGUUCUCAUAAGUGACGAUAAAGAGCAAAAUUACGGGUUCCAGCUGUUCAGGGCAAUCGCCAACGAUAUGGAAAUGGCAAACUUUGCCAUGAACUUCUACGUCUACUGUCUCUGCAGCUCGGAGAUCCGUGGAACAUUUCUCCGGCUCUUUCGGUUUUCGAAGCCGCCUCCCGACGUCAGCUACGUUCUGAGCUCUAAAUCGACCAUUGAAGGGAGCACCAAGCUCUGAUACACGAAUGUCACAGAAGGUGAAAUCAUGUCAGGCUCACUCCGGCUUUCUUUCUUAUUUAUUUUUUUAAACACCCAUCGGUGUCAUCCUUGCGCCGUUGCCCGUGCAUAAGUAUUCAACGCGGUAGCUCAUAAACAGGACCGAUCCUGGUUAAGUGAAGUGUGUUCUAGUCCUGGUUCUGGGACCAAGGGAAAAGGGAUGACAGAUGUCUCGGGUCGCUUCUGAAGUCAGGAAGUUCAACAGUGUUGUGCAGAGAUAAACAUGCUGUUCUGGCACUUCAAGAAGAGUCCACGGACGUGUUUUUGCUGGCUGUGCCAGAUGAACCGUUCUACACUCCCACUGCCUCUAACACGUAACGAAAUUCUACGCAGCUGUGCGACGUGUUAAAGGCAGUCAGUCGUGAUUUGUUGAUCUGCCGGUCACCUUGUAUACACUGUUAUAGUCCCCUGCGUCAACUGCUCAUUUAUUUCGACAUUAAGUUUGCUAGUGCAUAUAGUAGUGUUCCCCUCUUCCCUGAAACUAUAUACUCAACACGCGAGCGCUGUACGUACCACUGUAAAUAAGUUGUGGACAAUUUCACCACUUUCGACACCACUUUCAGUGAGCCGUGCCAAUCUGUGUGUGUGGCACCACCCCGGUUUGUGGACGUGGUGCACUUAUAUGUAGUGUUAUCUCACAGUUUCUAACAUACCUAUACGGAGAGCCGAUGUCCGGUCACAGACAGGGUAUACCAAAGUGGUUCUCCGCGUUACUACUUUGCCCACUGUUGAGAGAAGACACGUUAUGGAAAUUUUUCGCACUAUUUUCAUGCAUAUAUACUAUAGAGCCGAUAAUAGUUGUAGGCGACCAGUUGCGCGUUAGAUGUUGUGCCGUUCCUGCGUAGGUACGGGGCUGGCAUUUUACAGCCCUGUGCCGCUUAAUGGCAGCUGGAUUUAAGCCCCAACACGUUUAUUUGAGAGAUCGUAAAACUAAAACUGCGCCUCACGAUGAUGCGUUUACGGCACAAAAUAAAGCCCGAAGGACCACAAAACAAAAACAGUACAAAAAGUGUUCGCAGCAUCUACUCUCUUCGUACUAUAUUUUAUUGUGGUUCUUACAUGGCCGGAAAAGUUGACGGGUACUGCGUCUUUGGCGGCUCUUUUUUUUUGUUUCUGUUUUUCCUGCGCCACUUCUGUCGGUAUAUAUGGGUAACUUCUUUUAUGGGCGAAACACAUGUACGACAAAAUGCGCGACACGUCGCCCGACGCGUCGCGACGCGAGGCAUCCUGCCACGGACUCUGGCGAAAUGGGUCGUCGCAGCUAAUUAAGCCUCUAUACUUCGCUUUAGCUGCGCCCCCUAUACUUUAGUCGCAGCAGCUCGAUACGACAAGUCACCAGUGCGACAAAACCGCUUAGAUACCCGCGCUCCCAAUGAUGCUGCUUCUCUGGUAGAUGUAAACGUGUGUUGGAUCCGAGAAAAGAUGGCGGACCGUGUGCGUUCGGAAUGGAACGAGUGGCUAAUUUCGUCGUGCUGCGUAUUAGAAGACAAAUUAAAUAAGAAACGAACUGUUCUCGUUUAUUGCCUUUAAUUUUGUGAACAAAUUUCGUUACGUUAAAUAAAGUGUAAGCGAAUGUA